UUUGAGUUUCAGGCGAGGGUCUGCGGAGCAUGCAGCGUAUAAUAGGAGGACACGUCGUUUCGCCGUACUCCACCCGCUAUCUCGUUUCCUUGAAGAGAAGCACAGGACUCCAUUUCUGCGGGGGGUCCCUGGUCAGCAGGUUCUGGGUCCUCACAGCCGCCCACUGCAAAAUCCAGAAGAAGCAGAUGCUAAUAGUGGCCGGAGAGUACACUCUCUCUGUGUUCGAGGGCACAGAACAGGUCUUCCGCCCGGUGAGGCUGGUAGCCCAUCCCGAUUACAGCCCAUCCUCGAAGAACGCGGAUAUUAUGCUAAUCAAGCUAAACCGCCCGGCCCUGUAUAAUUCCUUUGUCUCGAUUGUACCCCUGCCAGCUCAGGGGUUGGCACCAAGUGAGGGCCGCUUGUGCCAGGUGUCUGGUUGGGGAUACACCAGCGUGACCGGGGGGAAGGCGUCCGAUACCCUGAGGAGCGUCAAGCUGCCCAUUGUCCCGGUCCGGAGGUGCAAUGCUUCUGCUUCGUACGCCGGACACAUCACGAGUAAUAUGAUCUGUGCGGGAUUCAGUACCGGGGGAAAGGACGCCUGUCAGGGGGACUCCGGGGGGCCGCUCGUAUGUGACGGAAGGGUAUUUGGGAUUGUUUCGUGGGGUCACAGCUGUGCAAACCCCAGAUACCCGGGCGUAUACACGGCCGUGGCCAGUUUCCAGAAGUGGAUUUAUAGAACUAUAUUUUAAGAAGAUCGUUCGGCUGUUUGAGAUUUUCAUCCGGCUCUGCUGGCCGAAGACGUCAACAAAACGUCCCACGCCCCAGCCGGCAACA